AGAGGAGGAGAGAGAGGCGUGCAUCGCCUCACAGUGAGGGAGUGUCGUCGUCGGAGCGGUUUUGCUCUCCUCUCCUCUUCAUCACCAGACUCCUUCUAUCCCUCCGUGCUGGAGGAGCGAGGAGGAAACCUCUCCUCUUUGUUUUCUCUCUGCGGACACACUGGAUAAUAACCACCACCACCACCACAGCUGGGAAGAUGGUUUUUCUGCUGCAUAUGGUUACCCUUUACACUCUGAGCGUCUUCAGUGGAGCAUCCGCCGCCACUCACUAUAAUUGCAAUGGUCCUCUGGCAUCCACGUUGCCAGAAUCAUCCUUUCAGAGCUCCUCUCAGUCAUCACUCAGUUAUGCUGCUCACAACGCCAAGCUCAACAGAAGAGAUGGAGCAGGAGGCUGGUCUCCCAUGGUGACCGACCAAGAGCCCUGGCUCCAGGUGGACCUCAGGGAGCAGAUGGAGGUGACGGCUGUGGCCACGCAGGGACGUUACGACAGCUGGGACUGGGUCAGCAGUUACCUCCUGCUCUACAGUGACACGGGCCGAGCCUGGAAACAGUACAGGCAUGAGGACGGCGUGGGGAGAUUCGUCGGGAAUGUGAAUUCGGAGGCCGUCGUCCAGAACAAGCUGUCACACCCGGUGAGGACGCGCUUCCUGCGUUUCGUCCCUCUCGACUGGAACCCCAGCGGCUGGAUGGGCCUCAGAGUGGAGGUGUUCGGCUGCUCCUACAAGUCAUACGUGGCAGACUUUGACGGCAGAAGCUCUCUGCUGUAUCGGUUCAACCAGAAGUCCAUGUCGACGGUGAAGGACGUGAUCUCUCUGCGCUUCAAGAGCCAUCAGGCCGAGGGUGUUUUACUGCACGGAGAGGGCCAGAGAGGAGAUUACAUCACCCUGGAGCUUCACCGAGGAAGAUUGGACCUCUACCUCAACUUAGACGACAGCCGCCUGAGGUUCAGCAGCGGACGCGUUGCCGUUACAGUGGGCAGUCUGCUGGAUGACCAACAGUGGCACUCCGUUCACAUCGAGCGCUUCAACAAGCAGGUCAACCUCACAGUGGACUCCCACACACAGCACUUCCAAACCAAAGGAGAAGGACACUCGCUGGAGGUGGACUACGAGCUGAGUUUUGGAGGCAUCCCUCUACCCGGUAAACCUGGCACCUUUUUGAGGAAGAACUUCCACGGCUGCAUGGAAAACCUCUACUACAAUGGGAUCAAUGUCAUAGACCUGGCAAAGAGACGCAAGCCACAGAUACACAGCGUGGGCAAUGUGACCUUCUCGUGUUCGCAGCCCCAGCUGGUGGCCUGCACCUUUCUGAGCUCCAGCAGCAGCUUCCUGUCACUUCCGUCAGCGGCGUCUGCCUCGGGGGGUUUCUCCGUUCGCUUCCAGUUCAGGACGUGGAACCCGGACGGGCUGCUGCUCUCGGUGCAGCUGAACCCGGAGCCCCACAGGCUGGAGCUGCAGAUCAACAACAGCCGGCUGCAGCUGACCCUCCACAGCUCAGGACGGGUGAAAUCUGAGGCCUCUGCUGGUCACCGAGUCAACGACGGUCUGUGGCACUCUGUGAGUCUCAACACGAGGGACCUGCAGAUCACUUUGACCGUGGACGGCGAGCCGUCCUCUAACAUCGAACUGUGGGAACAACUGGAAUCAAGAGACAACUUCAACUUUGGAGGCUGUCCCGCCGUGGACUGUCAGUCCCUGACGCCGGACUUCCAGGGAUGCGUGCGGCUCGUAUUCAUCAACGGCCAUCCGAUGAAUCUCAAUCAUGUUCAGCAAGGAUUGCUGGGAAAUUAUAACGAGCUCCAGUUCGACACCUGCAACAUAAGAGACAGGUGCCUUCCUAACCUAUGUGAACACGGCGGCCGCUGCUCUCAGACGUGGAGCUCCUUCGCCUGCGACUGUUCAGGAACAGGAUACUCUGGAGCGACCUGUCACAACUCCAUCUACGAGUCGUCUUGCGAGGCCUACAAGCUGAUUGGCAGCUCCUCGGGCUUCUACUCCAUUGAUCCAGAUGGGAGUGGUCCCCUGGGGCCCGCACAGGUAUACUGCAACAUGACAGAGGAGAAGGUGUGGACGGUGUUGACGCACAACAGCACAGCCUCGGUCACAGUCCAGGGCUCCUCUCUAGACAAACCUCACAUCAUGAAGUUCAACUACGGCGCCUCGCCCGAGCAACUCCGCGCCGUCGUAUCGGGGUCGGAGCAGUGCCAACAGGAAGUGGUUUACAACUGCAAGAAGUCCCGUCUCUUUAAUACUAAAGAUGGCAGUCCUCUAACCUGGUGGCUGGACUGGGAAGGAGAGAAACGAAGCUACUGGGGAGGCUUCCUCCCUGGAGUUCAGCAGUGCUCCUGCAGCCUGGAGGAGAACUGCAUCGACAUGAACUACUUCUGCAACUGUGAUGCAGACACAGACGCAUGGGCUAAUGACACAGGAAUCCUCUCCUAUAAAGACCACCUGCCAGUGAGCCAGAUAGUGAUCGGAGACACCAACAGAACGGGCUCGCAGGCAGUCUACCACGUCGGCCCUCUGCGUUGUUAUGGAGACAAGUCGAUAUGGAACGCAGCGUCUUUCUACCAGGAGUCGUCCUACCUCUACUUCCCCACCCUGCAGGCCGAGCUGGCCUCCGAUAUCUCCUUCUACUUCAAGACGAGCGCUCCUUCAGGAGUGUUUCUGGAGAACCAGGGUCUCAAGGACUUCAUCAGAGUGGAGCUCAGCUCUCCCUCAAUGGUGACUUUCUCCUUUGAUGUGGGAAACGGUCCAGCAGUCCUGUCCGUGAAGUCCCACCUCCCUCUGAAUGACAGGCAGUGGCACUGCGUGAGGGCAGAGCGCAACGUGAAGGAGGCCUCCCUGCAGGUCGACCAGCUCCCCCUCCGCUUCCUGGAGGCUCCGGCUGACGGACACCUCCGCUUACGGCUCAGCAGCCAGCUGUUUGUAGGGGGAACAGCGUCCCAGCAGAGAGGCUUCCUGGGCUGCAUCAGGACUCUGACCGUCAACGGCGUGAGCUUUGAUCUGGAGGAGAGGGCCAAGAUGACCCCGGGGGUGACCUCCGGUUGCCCCGGCUACUGCAGCGGCUCCAGCAGCCUCUGCCACAACAGGGGGAGGUGCAUCGAGAAGAGCAACGGCUACGUGUGCGACUGCUCCCAGUCCGCCUACGGGGGAACCACCUGUAACCAAGAGGUGUCGGUGUCCUUCGACAUGGAGUCCUCAGUGACCUACACCUUCCAGGAGCCCUUCUCAGUGAUGCAGAACAGACGCUCUCAGGCCUCCAGUGUUUCCACAGAGAGCAGCAGCAGCAGGGCCAGAGAGGACGUGGCCUUCAGCUUCGUCACCUCCCAGAGGCCGGCCAUGCUGCUCACUGUCAGCACCUUCAGCCAGCAAUACAUCGCUGUCAUCCUCGCCAAGAACGGGAGUCUGCAGAUCUGGUACCACCUUCAGACCGACAGGAGUCCAGACGUGUUCAGCCCCGUCGUCACAAACCUGGCAGACGGACGACUCCAUCGAAUCAGAAUCCACAGAGUGGGGAAAAACCUCUACGUGCAGAUCGACCAGGACAUCCACAGAAAGUACACACUGUCAUCUGAUGCAGAGCUGAUCUUAAUCAGAUCCCUGACAUUGGGCAAAGUCACCAGGAGGGAGAACCUCAACGAGGAAGUGAUGCAAGCAGCUUCUAAAGGCUUCGUCGGCUGCCUCUCGUCGGUCCAGUUCAAUCACGUCGCGCCGCUGAAGGCAGCGCUGACCAAUCGAGGAAGCUCAUUGGUCACCAUUCGCGGUCCGUUGGUCCAAUCAAAUUGCGGAGCGCUGGCGGAGUCCACCUCGCACACAAUGCAAGAUCAAACUGUAACAGCAAAUAAAGAUAAGGAGCAGCACGGCAACGGCACCCAGAAGGAUUUGGCUGUGAUCGCAGGUGUGGUCACAGCGGUGGUCUUCAUCGCCGUGUGCGCUCUGGCUGUGAUAAGCCGCCUCCUCUACCAGCAGCGGCGGGCCCAGAGGAGCAGCAGCAUCAAAGAGGAGAACAGACACAGCAUGUACACUACAGACUACAGGACAGAGCUGCACCUCCACAACUCAGUCAGGGACAACAUGAAGGAGUACUACAUCUGACUACAGUGUGCACUCUGUGGACCUAUAAGCCACAAACUUACCUCUCUGGGUGGACGCGCCGCUGCAGGAUUUCUUACAAACAAAAUAUCUCUGUGCCCUGGAAGACUCCCAGAAACACUGUAGCCUGUAGUCCACUCUCUCGUCACGCUCCAGUACAAAGCAAGUGGCUGAAUCUUUACAGCUGUUAGUGUAUUUGAUGUUGGUGAAACUGUCAGAAUCAAGCUGCUGUGGUUUCUGUCAUUUGCAAAAAUGUGUAAAGCAAAAGAUGAAUGUUCUGCAGGGUUGGACGAAGGGACGCCGCGAGUGCAAACGAGCGAAAGCUGCUGUCCAUCCUGAAUGCGCACAACUUAAAAAAACAUUUUGUUUGAAACCCUCAGAUGCGGAAUACUUCCACAUUAACAGCGAGACUCACUAAAAAUUGUACUUGCGAGUCAGGAAUAUGUAGGCCGGGCCUGUAAGAUAUGCGUGCAUUCGCUGCUGUCUUUGUUUUUUCGGUGGUGGUGAAUGUUGUAGAAGAAGAAAAAGGGGACAACACUGCCUAUACUGUAUGAGUGCCUAAUUUGCAUACAAGUUUUUAUUUGAACAUUUUAGAAGUUAUUCAUGUGAUUUGCACAAAAAGCAAUCGCAUUUACAUAGAGAGGAGCUCAUUGUCAUUCAGUUCUGCACCCUGCUCUACAUAGAGGGAAAGGAAAUUUGAAUUUCCCACUCAUGCACAUCAUCUGCCAGUUGACCAUCAGUAAUGGGCUACUCUCAGUAAUGUGUCUUUCACUGACUGUUUGAAGUAGCAUGGAAAUUGACGAACCUAAAUCCUGUAAUCUUUUAACUGGAUACGUAACAGAUCCGUAACUCAACACGUUCAAGUGUUUCAGGUUUUCAAGUCUUGUCCCUAAGAAAGCAUCGUACACCAUUCAGACCACAUUGAUUUUGUUGUAGGGAUUUUUUAGCUGAUGAUUUAUGAGAUUUAUUUAAUUGUGCAAAUUCUGCUUGUGUAUUAUUUUUUUAAAGGUGCAACGUGUAGGAUCUGGCCACCUGCUCCAAACAAACAAAGGGGGCAGCAUUUCACCGCUACUACUGGAUCCAUACAAUCUAAAUUUACAGUCAUAAAUUAUUAAACAAAAAAUACACAAAGUUCAACCAAUCUCCUGAACUACUCUUAGAGUAAUAAUAGAGUAAUACAGAGUAAUAGAGUAAUCCAUUAAACAAACACGGACCGUUGUAGGGAUGUGACGGUGAGGACAUUUUUCCACCGGUUAAUAAACUUGUGACAACACCGGUGUUACCGAUUACACCGGACAUUUUACAAGAAAAGAUUACACUUACUUUGAUCUUUACUGUCGGGUGGGGUGCACUGUGCACACCGGCUGGGACCGCUCCGUUCUCCUCGCGGCGAUUACCUCAUUACCGUUACGGUUCCCUGAUAGCACUGGGUUUAAAUCUGAAAUAUUGCCAAAUAGGUGUGUUUGCUUUUCGCUUCAACACCAAACACUCCACCAUCUCAUCAGUCUGUCAACUUCCUCUCGUCCCGCGUGUGUGAAGUAUGACACCUGCUACUCUGAGCUGAGACUCCUACGGAGCAGAUGCAUUCAGUUUGUAGCGUCCGUCGUCCAACUAUGUAUUGAUAACACAGCGCUGAUAUGCGAAAAUGAACUAAAUGGGUUUUAUUUCUGUAAAGAAAAGCAAAACGCCAGUGGGUAAGUAAUGUAAUCGGCGUGUGCCCGACCACCGUGUAAUACAACAUAGACUACUGUGACAAACUAGACCUAGAACUAGACCUAGACCAUGGAUGUAUUAUUGACAAACCCUCAGGGCAGCUCUACUUCAUGUUGGACUGAGGGGCAGACUGGAUGCUGCAGUGAAUCACGGUACACGUCCACAGCAUCCAUCCUUUCCACGCUUGCCAUUCGUUGUCUAUAAACAGCCGUGCAAUGCAUUCUGGUAUCGUGGCGGCACGGUGUGAAGUUGUAUCACAAGACAGGACGGGCCGGACCGGUUUGCAGUUGAGAUCUCUGCAGCACAGUAAUUUGGCAUAACAUGAAAACUGUUACUUCUUCACACUCUUUUGAUGAUUUUGGUUAAUUUUUUGAACGUUUUAAACUAAAAUUUGUGCCAGAUGUCACACGCUGCACCUUUAAAUAUGUACAAUUCCAAAAGUAAUUGUGUAUAUUGUAUCAUGAAAGUAGCAGAAAAGAGAAAUGAAUGGAGAGGAUUAUCAUAUUUAAAUAUAUACAAAGCAGUCAAAUACACAAGCACGUACAGUAAGGGGGGUGUAACUAUCAACCAAACUGCAGUCAGGAAUCCAGUCAGUAACCACUGCAUAUCAAAUCUGGCAAACCACGAAGCUCCCAAGCAGUAUCUUUGGUGUUCUUUGGCAAGCGGGCAGCAGUUUUGGUGUGUACAGGAAGUGUUGAGCUCAGCGGGUACUUAAAGAAACUGGUUCAACCAGCAUGCGAGUCAAGUUAGCUGCAGUGUGAAUCAAACACAGCAGCGACUUUUAUUGGUACUUGUACAGCUACAGUAAGCUCCAGGGUCACGACCUUCUGCACUUUGUCAAAGUACUUGAGUGAGUUUGUACCACUGUUAGUACAGAGAAGGAGAAGGUCGGACUCAGACUGUGAGGCUGUGAUGGUAGACCCGGUGCGUACCCAACUCAAAACGUACUGUUAACAACAGUUUAGUUUGUCCGUUAUGUUGCAGCGCUAGCCAGCAGUGCUUAGAGCUUUUUUUGCAACCAAGAAAAAGGCCACCUGACAUAUUAUUAUUUAUUUAUUAUCUGGAUUACAGGGAUAAGUGGUGUUUUCUAUAUAUUUCAAGCAGAAGACUUUUUAUAUACAUCGUACACUGGUUGAUCCUCAGACAAAAAAAAAUCCAUUACACACACAUAUAGGCAUAAAGUCUAGAGCCAACCUUAGCGGUAUCCUGCGAGCCUGUAAUGCACAUCACACACAUCAGAGAACAAAAAUUAAAGCAUGGAUGAAAAAUGGAGACUUUUUUUUUUUUUUAGAUCCUAAACCACUAGUGGGGCGAAAAAGUGUGACCUACAGGUGACGCCAGAGGAAAAGUGAAAUCGGCUUGUCAGGCUCAGCUCUACAGAUUUAGCUCAUUAUCCAUCGGCUUCAGCUGCUCUCAGGCAGGUUAGCUGUCUUUGUCAACGUCGGUUGUAGUUUGAGCUUAACGUGCUAAACAUAAAGGGUCAAGCCCAAAGAAAAGCUGAAUCUGACGGGACUGCGGUCUUGAGUAUCCUGUCAAGAAUGACUGAAUGAUUCGUCCUCUUGGGAUCAUAAAUGUCUGUACAAAAUGUUCAAGGAAAGCAAUCCAACAAUUGUGAAGAUAUUUCAGUCUGAUUCCAAUUUUUGGACCGCUGGGACUGAUGGAUGGAAAGACUGACAAACAAAGUCUGAAGCCCCACUGCUUCCGUCUGAUGCUAAUGGAUUACGUGACUGAAAGUGACCCAGGAGAGUGGCAUGGUCAAAGGAUAGGGGGUUCCUGAUCCUUUGGGUCCCCAUCUGUGCAUGUCCUUGUUAUCUAAAGUAUGUCUCCAGAUGUGAUAGUCUGCAGAUCUCCAGUUAUCAGUGAAUGAAUACAUACCUCUCAGAGUGUUUUUGGUUAUAUUGCAAUGGCUAAUAUCACGUGGUUACUUCUUCUUAAUGAUUUGUAUAGCUGCAGUUUUAUUAAGGAUCUAUUGUAUAGAUGUAUAAUUUAAUAAUAAAAGUGAAUAUAUUGAUUAA